AUGCGAUUCUCCUUUCACGUCGUCGCCCUUGGGCUUGUCACCUUGCUCUCGUUGGUCAGGGCGGCCCCCUUCAGUGCCGUGUCCGUGGUACAGGCCAUUGGUCGAUUCACGACCAUCACGGCCUCGGUCUUCGCCGAGCCGACAAGCGUGUCGAGCUCGACGGUGGGGUGUGUGGCGGACACCGGUACUCGUCAUGCAGAGCCAACGGUAACGCUGGUCGCAAGGGAGGAGAGCGCCACACAUACGCCCAGCCCUGUGUUGGAUGAGGAAUCCAGCCCUCAUCCGCUUGGGCGUCCGGACCUGGUCGUUCCCACAUUGGUAACGGCGACGUCCACGGCGCCUGCGGAGGACGUGGCUCCCACUUCCUUCAGCUGGUGCAGCCGGUGCGGUCUUGGUCCUGUGAUGAUGAGUGCUGCGGUGCCAACUUCUUUGGCAACAACCUCGGUGUCGGCACAGGAAACCUACACGGACGCACUUGGCGAGCACCAUGUCGACGAGGUCUUCCCGAGCCACAGCGACAACCACACGUUCGCCAUCAGAGACGUCGCCGCACAGAUGUCAUAUUCGAAAGGGCCGCCAGACGAGGGCGUCCGACGGUGUCCACACGGUCAACACGCGGUGCUGAAGCCAGGCCAGGGCGAGUUCAAGUCCAACGGUUGCGGGAUCGGCCUCUUUGCAGAUCCUCCUCCUGGAAGUGGAAAGUUUGGACAGUGCUGCAUCGAGCAUGGCAACCAUGCUCACCUACAGUCGACCAGCCUGCUGAAAACACAGGUGGCCCAAACAUCCGCGCUUGCUACGCCCGCGGGAUUCUUCCUCAUGUCAGGCCACGUCCCAACGCUACCCCGGGCAGCCUGCGGCUCCUGUCACGCACGGAAGAUAAAAUGCGAUCGCCGUCCCGGAACCUGCAGCGCCUGCUCAAAGAUUCGAAUCCCCUGCCGAUAUCCCCCGACCGAGCAGCUCAUGAGACGUCGCAUGCCGAGGGGGCCCUACAAGAAGAGGAAAUCACGGCGAGAGAGAGAAUCGGAAGAUCUGGUCAAGACGAUGGCAGAGGGAUGCACAGAGUUGGGAGGGGACGAUGUCGCGGGUGCUGGCCCGAGCUCUCCGACUUGUCCUGCGGCCUCGUCAGGCUUCGCAGAUAAUGCGCAGGAACGUCGAUAUGAAGACCAGGGAACGUCGAGUCAGAGUUCUAGGGUCGCGUCCACAUGCUCUGGGUUCGCCGACAAGACGCCUGAAAUCUCUGGUCAUCUGAGCGAAAGAGGUAGCAGCUUCUCAGCUUUAAACUUCGCGACUAAUGUUGAUCUAUCGGUGGGGGCUUCGAUACCCUCGGAUCUGCUCUCCGCAGAGCCAGUGAACUCUUGGUCGCUCUGGUCUCAAGUCCUCGAGCUGUGGGCUGUCUACAGAAGCCACAUUGACCCCGUCGUUAAGCUAAUCCAUUGUCCGUCCUUUUCAGAACACAUUCUCCGUGCAGCAUCCGACUCUUCGGCGGCCGAUUGUAGCCUGCGGGCGCUUGUUUUCAGCAUUUGCUAUGCUGCGGUCGAUGUUCUUUCCCCGGGCGAGAUCGAGACUCGAUUCCGGCAGAAAAAGGCCGUUCUCGCGUCUCUGUACAUGCAGAGGAUGCAUCAAGCCUUGGAAGAGGCGGCAUCCCUCCACAGGUCCUCUUUAUAUGUCCUGCAAGCCCUUGUUCUUCACACAAUCUGCCUUUUGCGGCGGUCUGGGGACGAUGUGCGAGUGGGCACGGCUCUGCUUGGUCGGGCCGUCUCAGAAGCGCGGCUCUUGCUCCCACAGAGUGGUGACAGCCGCCACGACGACCUAUCUCUUCUUGAGAUGCAGCUCUGGCGUCGCUGUUGGUGGACGCUAUACGUGCUCGAUUACCACAGGGCACUAAAACACGGCCAUGCUCCAAGCACCAUCUUCCGCUCCCAGCAGGUUGCGCUACCGUUGAACCUGAAUGACAUCGACCUAAACCCCACUAUGCGACAGCUUCCGGUCCCCAGGAAAUCAGUCACUGAGAUGUCCUAUUUGCAUCUUGUCGUUGAAUUGACUAGGCUUGACGCUAAAUUGCGAUAUUUCAAGACCGAUGAGCCGGGAUCCAACCAUCACAAAACCCUCGGAUCCAUUAUCAACGAACAGGUGCGAGAGGUGGAAGUUAAUAUCAUAUGGCGUUGCGAGACUUCUCGCCCGUUUGACUGGCUCAUGUUAUUAACUGCGAAAGCAAUGCUGAAUCCGAUCGAGAUUAAGCUGCUUGAAUUGGGACAAGAGACUUAUACAAUCGACAAGUCUCUCAGCUGUGCCGCCCGGGCCGAUCUCUCUGAGAGGACUUUCUCACUCGGCCUUGACGUGGUGGAGUGCUGGUACAUUCUGAAAACUAACCCAGAUCUCACCUCGUGGAGUUGGUACACUGACACUUUCGGCCGCAAAUACGAUGCGGGUUACAUCAAAUCAGAACUGGCUCGUCGACCAGAGUCAGAGCAACGGGCACGCGCCGAGAUACUGCUCGAGCUUGAGUGCAACGGGAGAGGCUACGCAUGA